AUGAGAAUUAUCUCAGUGAACAGGUUUAUUUUAUUUACUUUAGCCACAUGCUUCCUUUUAGCACCAAAAAUCAUUUGCCUUGAUGAAUCGGUAAUGAGCAGUUUGCAGAGCAGAGAAGAGUACAGUGAUAACUAUUCAGAGUCUAAUGAAGACAUUAUAGAAGAAAAGCAGAGACGUCUCAACCUUGAAGAGCUAAAGGACCGGGGAUUAAAGAACAUUGUGAAGAUGAGCAUGCCUACAAUGAACAAGAUGCCAAAUUCACUUGCUAAUUUGCCCCUGAGGUUUGGUAGAAAUUUUCAGGAAGAAAGAAGCAUCAAGCCAGCAGCCAACCUGCCUCUCAGGUUUGGAAGGGCAUUUGAAAGCAUCCUUUCAAGCCACACCCUUCCUUUCGCCCACAGGUUUGAGAGAGCUCCUUCUGUUCAAAGCUCCAUCCAUUCUCUUGCCAACUUGCCACAAAGGUUUGGAAGAUCACCUCUCUUCAUCCUACCUCAAGAGAUCCAACAGUCUGAUCAAGAUACUAACAAAUCUGGUGAUUUAAACAACCAUAUGGAAAAGGAAUCUGACAAAGAAGUAUGCAAAACAAGCCAGAAGACUUUGCAUCAGUUUCCUUACUAA